GCGAAAGAGCACUCCGGUCUCAGUGGAAUAAGUAAUAGUACAACGACAUAAUUAUUAAGUCGUCUCAUUAGUAGUGCAGUGUUUUUAGACUUUUCUGCAUUAUGAAAGGCGCACGCGCGGCGGGAGUGACUCUAUGGCUGGCGAUGCUGGGCCUGGCGCAGGCGCAGUCGGUGCCGGCGGAUAUCGACACGCCGCCCUUCAGCACGCUCUACAAGUGGAAGCAGAUCGACUUCGAGUUCCCCACGCUCAGGCAUCGCAAGCAUGCCGUUGCUACUGGUAAAUACGUAGCAGCGAACGUGCUACCACUGGGCCUUGAGGUGUGGGGCUCGCGCGUGUUCGUGACGCUGCCGAGCUGGCGGCGUGGCGUACCGGCCACGCUAGCCACUGUGCCGCGCAUCGGCGGCCUGCCCUCGCCGCCACUCAAGCCGUACCCCAACUGGGGCUACCAUCGAGCGUUUGGUGAGGGGAAGAAUUGUUCCGGAUUGACUUCAGUUUUUAGAGUAAAUGCCGACCCUUGCGGCCGACUUUGGGUUCUGGAUUCUGGCCAAAUAGAUUCUCAGGAUAACCCGAAGCAAAUCUGUCCGCCCAGUAUAGCUCUGUUUGACUUGCGAACGGAUCAGCUCAUCACACGUUUUGUGAUCCCGCCGAAGUACGUCUUACAAGAUUCCUUGUUUUCUACAAUAAUAAUCGACACAAGAAAAGAAGAUUGCUCCGAUUUGCAUGUGUAUGUAGCAGAUACUUGGCGUUUUGGGUUGAUAGUCUUCAGAGAAAGCGACGAGAAAUUUUGGCGAUUCUCUCAUCACCUGUUCUACCCGGACCCCUUAGCGUCCAACUACACACUCCACGGCCUCAAUUUCCAAUGGGCUGAUGGCAUCUUCGGUCUGGCACUUUCCCCUGUACGCGAGACUGAAGAACGAAUAUUAUUUUUCCAUUCGAUGUCAAGUUACAGAGAGUUCUACGUAUCAACGGAUAUACUGAAAAAUCCGUAUCGAGUCAAUAUUAGCGGCACAGAAUUCCAUCUUGUCGGUGAUAGUAGAGGUGACUUCGGGCAGUCUUCUGCUUCGUAUAUAGACAAACGUGGAGUCAUGUACUACGGACUUGUGACACAGGAUAGUGUUGGAUGUUGGGACACGAAAAAGCGGUACGAAAAGUCAACAAUGGGGAUAGUGGCAAAAAAUAUGGAGACGUUGGUUUUCCCUAAUGACAUAAAGGUGGAUCAGGAACAGAAGCAAAGUGUAUGGGUGAUAUCGAACCGACUUCCGAUGUUCCAAGCAGGGUCGUUAGAUUCCGAUGACUACAACUAUCGUAUUUUAUAUGCAGACACCGAAGAAGCAGUCAGAGGAACAGUAUGCGACCCCGAAGGACCUCCUAUCGUACCCAAAUCAUUUUUACACGGCUGGGUUCAUUGAAUGAUUGAGUUAUAAUGUGACCAAUAUGAAAAUUAAAAUUGCCAUACUAAAAUGUAUAUAAAAUAGUUUGAUCAGGGUAAAAGUCUGUUAUUACUUUUGUUAUCAAUAGUGUUUAGGCCAUUUAAUUGAAGUCAAAGUUACCAUCGUAGUCAUGUCAUGGGUGCGAAGACACUGAUUAGAGCGUAAGACGUAAUAGUCCAAUAUGGGAGUUCUAUUCGUACAUGUAUCUCAUUUUGUAUGAUACAAUAAUUUUAUUUAUUAUUAUAUUAGUUCGUACGUAUAUUAAGAGCCUAGGAGAAGGCGAAUAAGUAAACGUUAAGAUUCAAGACAUCCCAAUUGCAAUGCGUAAAGUUUAAGGCGUUGAGUUUUAAGGCAGUGCGCGGUGGUAUUAACUAUGAAUUUUGUACAAAACGUUUUGA